AUGAAAGAUUAUCGGGUAUUGCUAUACCUACUCAUCUCCUGGAUUGUUGUGUUUCUAAUAAAUGAGAAAUAUGUACCUUACAGAACAAUACGGAAAUGUAAAUGGCCGACCCUCAACCAAGAUGGCCCACAGACACAAACCAACAUCUUGCUCAUUGCCGAUCCCCAAUUGAUUGAUAACCACACUUAUCCUGGACGCAACUCUUAUUUGCUAAGUUUAUCGCAACAUACAGUUGAUCAACAUUUGAAACGCAAUUAUCAACAACUAACCAAAUUGCAACCGAGAUCAACGAUAUUCUUGGGAGAUUUGUUAGAUAAUGGACGCGCUUCAACCAAUGAAUACUUUACGCAGGAAGUGGCCCGGUUUAGAUCGAUUUUCCCUCCAGUGGCCAAUAUGUACACUAAUCUUCCGGGGAACCAUGAUAUUGGAUUUGGCGAUUUGAUUAGAACUGAUAUACGUGAUCGGUUUGGUGAAACUUUUGGUAAUCCCAAUCUACAAACUACGAUUGAUGGGGUUGAGUUUAUAAUGGUUGACACUACUAGUUUAUCAUCGACUAAGAAUCAAAUAAAUCAGGCCUCGAAGGAGUUUAUCAAUAACUUGCCCACAAAGAGUACACCAAGAAUCUUGUUAUCGCAUGUGCCGUUAUUUCGUGACCCUAAUACAAAUUGUGGACCAUUUCGAGAAAAACCCAAGUUUGAAUCCAUGGGUCGGGGGUAUCAGUAUCAGAACUCCCUCACUAAGGAUGUAACUUCUCUGUUGCUUGGUAAAGUUGAACCAGAUUUGAUAUUUUCUGGUGAUGAUCAUGAUUAUUGCGAUAUUGUGCAUCCUCAAGGAACAAGAGAAAUUACGGUGAAGUCAAUGUCGAUGGCAAUGGGUAUAUUCUACCCGGCUGUCCAACUACUCAGUUAUAGCCAACUGCCUGAAGGCUUGAAAUACCAAACGAGAAUCUGUUAUAUGCAAACUCCAUAUGUUAAUGUUGUCGUGUACAUUGUCAUGGCCAUAGUAUCAAUGAUUGUUUUAUUUCAUCAGAACUUACGAUUGAAAGCGGGUAAUUCGAGUUGGACAAUUUUACCGUUGAGUAGACUGAAGCGAGAAGAAAAGAGCAAGAUGGGUACUGGGGGGUGGAGAAAGCAAAUGUGUUUGGAUGUGGCUAAGGAGGGUUUUGUUGUGGGUUUAGUGGUGAUUCUAAUUUACAAGUACUUGAUUGCAAAGUAA